UUGACAUGUGGGUUUUUUCUUAGGAUCAGUUUGACACAAUAAAUUUUUCGGAUAAUGAUAUCAAGAAGUUGGAAGGAUUUCCAUUGUUGAAGAGACUGAAAUGUUUGUUAGUCAACAACAACAGAGUAUGGUGAGUAUUAUAACGAAAUUUAUAACUAGAUUUUAUAUCAAAGCCUAAGAUCCCUAUUCAUGAACAGUACAGUAUGGGCAGAAUUAGAAAGUUCAAACAUUUAUGUUAAGAAAUAUUUGCAGUAUAUUACAGUAGAGUGUAUAAAAAAUCUUAGUCCUUAUUUCAAACACAGAUUUCGGCAAGUAUAAAAUGGCAGAACUUUUGGGCAGGUAGGUGCAUGAUUGAGAUGGAAAAAUAAAACACUAGAGACAUUAAUACAUAACUAUUAACUAAACUAAACUAAAAACAAUACAAUACAAACUGCAGGGCCACCAGCAAAUUAAGUUGCUGUAUACAUGUCAAGUUAGUUUUCCAUUCGAUAGGUUAGGUCAGGUGUAAGAGUAUCGUGCAUGUUUGUUUCGUCUAUGCCCUUAGAUUUUCGUAGCCCAUGGCUAAAGUACAGUAAGCAUAAUGUAGGUUAAAGUAAACGUGCCCAUGUAUAGUAGUCUUGAGAGUUACGUGUAUUGAGAUCUAAUGGUUUUUAUGCAUAUAUAUAUUUUGACUGCAAGUAUGGAUGGACAAGGCCAAGGUAAGGUUCCUGUUAAACUUGAUGAAUGGCGUCACCCAGAAAUAUUCCUUAAUACAUGUCAUUACCACUGAAUGAUAAGUCCUCACAGAGUUGGAUGACUGCACGUUAAGUUGUGUUCUAUUUGUAUAAUACAGUUUAUAACCUUCAAAUAAUCGGUUCAUGUCGAUUUAAUUCCAUUGGCCUCAUUAUCACGAUUUGGGUUAAAUGAGCUGCAAUUAGGAUGCGAUUAAGAUUUUAACGGAUGGAAUUUAAUGAGAACCAAACCAUGCCAUGGAAGAAAACGUACAAUGAAACGCCAGUGAACUCUACCGGGUGUCCCAAAAAAAACUUGCGCUGUUUGAUUUAAUGUAACAUAAGAACUAUACAAGCUAUUGCACUCAAAUAAGUUGUAUUGCAUUCAGAAAGGGCUAACUUAGAUUUUGAUAUAUAACAUUUGAAUAUCCGUGCAAUCUUUACUGAGCUAUCGAUGUUUUAAAUCGAAUAAGCAUAUUUGACAAUGUUAAAAAAUUGCAUAAAAUUGCCAAUCAAAUAUUAUUUGGUUAAACUUGAUUAAUAUAUAGUUUUAUUGUGGCCAAAAGAACGAAUAAAAAACAUAAUUGUUGGAUAAACAUUUAUUCAUUUAUCAUAGAAAGUAUGUCCCCUUGCACGUACAGUAUACAAUGUCUUGCACGGGAAAACAUAAAAGCCAAACUUUUUCAUCUUUUGUUAAUCGAAGCAUAUUCAAAAGGCGAACGAGGACCAACUUUACAAUACGAACUCUCAAAGGACGUCAAAUAUGCUUUCGAACGUUUUUACUGUCGUUCCAAUUGAAGUGUUGCUCAAAUAUUGAUUCAAUACAUUACCUCGGGCUGACCAAUUCAUUUCAUCAAGUCCCUCGAGAUAUUCAUACACUUCCUAGUAUAAUUGUAAACUUCCUGUUGAAUAGUUUGAAUGCACCAAUCACCUUUGUUGUUUGUGCAUCUAACCAAUCAUAAAUAGAAAGGAAGUGACCAGAAAUGAUCAAAUACUUGGAAUUGGCUCUUUCACAGGAAGUGUAUGAAUAUCUCGAGGAACUUGAUGAAAUGAAUUGGUCAGCCCGAGGUAAUGUAUUGAAUCAAUAUUUGAGCAACACUUCAAUUGGAACGACAGUAAAUUUUUCAUGCUUAUUUCACUUCCCAAGAAACACGAAAGGUUAACUUAUACUAGGACAUUACCCGAAAUCAAAGUUGAGUUGAAAUGCUGAAAUUGAAAUUGUUAAAUUUUGUGUAAAGUGGCAAUUUGUUUUCAUAUAAAUUUGAUCGCCAUGUUUCUCGAUUUUUUUACUCAUUUUUAAAGCGUGCGCCACAUUCAAACGUUUGUAUCUCACGUAAUAUUACAUGAAAGUUUUAGGGCUGUAUAUCAAAACCUAAGUUAGCCUUUCCUCAAUACAAUAAAACUUAUUUGAGUGUAAUAGCUUUUAUAGUUUUUACCUUACAUAAAAUCAAACACCGCAAGUUUUUUUUUGGGACACCCGGUAUAUAUCUGGAGCAAGAACAUCGGUCAUUCGGCCUAAUGAGAAAAGUGAAGCCAAGAUGGCGGACAGUGACGUCCAAUAGCUCUGAAGGUCGUAAAUAGCUCUUAUACCAUUUUUCCCAGCUACAGUACAGUAAUUCCACUUUUUUUACUGUAUUGCUAAACAAGUUAUCAGUUCGUAAAACAUAGUGUUAUUCUUUAAAUCGAUGUCAAAAUACGAAAUUUCGGCACGCUCCUCGCCAAGGUGGCGGAAAUUGAAGCCGCUAUUGGAUUUCAGUUCCAGUCCCUUUCUAUUGUUUUUGUCUACGCGGUUAACACGAAGCCAGCUUUUGGACUCGAGUUAUGAGAAAAGUCUUCACUUUUUGGACUCGAGUUCUCGCUCCAGAUAUAUAUGGCGCUCACUGUGAAACGCACACUCAGCGACAUGGUAAUUUUUAUUCCAAAUCACGUGAACAUAAUCAGCCAAUUAAAUGACCAACAUUUAAUGAGGUGUUAUACUGUAUAAUAUAGUUCACACCACAACCACUUGGUCCUGGACGAUUUUUUAUUCCGCUUAACUUGCGCCGUAGUUCAAUUAGAGUUCAGUCUUGAAGAUUUAUAAUCGUGUCAGUCUUUGGGUCAGCCUUGAAGGAGCGAAUUUUUCAGUCGGUUCAGUUAAGUAGGAUGUGACAAAGUCCACAUUAUUGUCAUGUCUAACACCAAACAUAUUUUACACAUUUUAAAAGAAAACAUUUCUCGUUUGCAUUAUUUUGUACUUUCGUUUUUAGUCGAAUUGGUGAAGGAUUGGAAACCUGUUUACCGAAUUUAGAGACUUUAGUUCUGACCAAUAACAGUAUGCAAGAUCUGGUGAGUUAUGUCAUAUAUUGUUUAUAACAAAUGUUUGCAAUUUCAGAAUUUAUUCUAUGGUACAUGCAGAAAAUGUUUUGUUACCAACUGGUGUGGCUCAGGAAUUAGUGUUCACAGUAUAUAGGUGGCAAGACUUGACGGUUUAUUCGAGCAUCCCCUUAAUGAAAGCGAGCCAUUCAUAAAUUAUCGUAGAUCUUGCUGCCAAUACCAUCAAAGAUUAACCUUUUAGUGCCACGAGAAUAAAAUUAGAGCCGGUCCCAAAAUGAACCUUUAUUAGGGUUCAUUCCUCUCUCAUCUUCCACCUGUGGCUAAAAUACUGUGAUACUUUCUCAGGCCAGUUCAACUAUUUCGAGUGAAGAUUCUUCAUCUUGGUUAUACUUUAUUAAGUUGCACUUAAAUUUCCGAACAUGCAAUGUAAAUAGUCUUUAUACUGUAGUUUUGUCUUUUGCGUAUUGUUCUGUUAUUUUUGUUAGGUUGGUCUCCACAUGGUCCUUUGUCCUGUUGACCACACCCUCAACCAUACUUUCAAUAUGUUUAAAAUUUUGUAUUAUAUGGUUGUAAAGAAAUAAAAGUUGAAUUCUUCAACUGACUUCUUUAACUUUUCUAAAGCUGCUUAGUACCUGUACUUAAAAUAUAUUUGCGUAUUACUAGAAUAUUACUAAUCGUUUAACAGGAAUUUUAUUUUUUCCCAGAGUGAUUUGGAGUCUUUGAAGAGUAUCAAAUCAUUACGGUAUUUGAGGUACAGUAGGAUGCGAAAUAUAUAUAAAAAUUUUUUGUAAUCUCUGUAACUAAAUUACAAUGAUACUAUUAUAUUUAACCCAUUCGUCGUCACCCUUACAUGUAUAUUUAUCAAAUUGCCAGCCACUGGUGUUUUGAAAUAGUCAUCAAACUAUCAGAACGAGUGUCAAGAUGACUUUUAACAUGACCUAUACAAGGAAACAAGUCGCGGUGACAAAUUUUAUUGUGUGACGUAUGUGAAGAUUCUGACACGGGGACAGAUUUUGUCUCUACGGGGACUUGUCCCUACGACCUGUCCUUGUGACUUGUCCUUACGGCGUGUCCCAGUGGCAGACAUGCACGUCGCGAAAUGUUAAGGAGGGCAUAUUUAGAUCACCACUUUUCUUGCUAAUCAAUCAAAAGUUUAAACCAAUCGUCUGCCUGCAGCCUCUUUGAUUUACUUGUUACCCAACGUUCAUAAGAAUAUAGGCCCAGCGUUUACUGUAACAGACGAAAGGGAUCUGUUUAGGGAUCUGAUCGAGGCCGGCUAACUCUAUCAAAAUUGCUGUCAUCACAGUGACGUAAUUUGUGCUUUGAUGAAAGUCUUUGAAAGAGGUUUAUACUGUCACCCACUUCAACAAAACCGCACUUUAUUGAAAGAGACUUUGAUUGUGUGAACCGGAGCUUCGGUGGCGAAGUGGUUAGGAACUUGCCUUUCACCUCUAAGGUCGCAGGUUCAAAUCUCAAUGAGAAUUUCUCAAUGUGACUCGAACCAAGUCCUCGUGUGAAAAGAGUAAAAGUCAACGCUCUGCCGAAAGUCGUGGGUUUUCUCCGGGUAUUCCGGUUUCCUCCCACAAGGAAAGUUGACAGGGUGGGUUAGGCACAUAGGUUAAGGGGCAGAUCAUUAAUGAGGUAUGGACUAAUAGCGUCUGCUUAAAGCACCAUUUGUAAGUUCACAGUCUACCUCAGUCUGCUUCACGCCAGUUCCGGCUGUAAUUGUAAUGCGCACUUGACCACUUAACAAAUAUAAAACAUUUUCCGUGUUGAUAUACAGUUAUAUCAACACGAGUGGAAAUUGGGAAAACGAGAAAUUGUGUGGAAACACGACGCCCGACACAAUUUCGAGUUUUCCCAACUUCCACGAGUGUUGAUAUAACUAUAUAUCAAUACGGAAAAAAUGUUUUAUAUUUGUUUUAUAAUAUAGCAAUGUCAAAAGCCCGAAGAAUAAGAACAAUUUCCGUGUUCACAAGCGGCGGAAAAUUUCCCGUGUUGACAUGGAGUUAUAUCAACACGGCUCUUAGCCAAUCAGCGUUCAGAAUUUACAAAUGCUAUAUUAUAAAUACAUAUGUAAAAUCGCGCAACAGAAAUAUCAAAUAUUAUUAUUAUUAACCGGCCUUUAGUGACAGUAGGAUUUUAUUCGAUAUCAUCAUUGUUUUGUAAUUCUUUUGGUUUCAGCCUGAUGCGUAAUCCCAUACUGAACAAACCAAACUACAGAUUGUAUGUCAUCCACAGUUUACCUCAAAUAAGAGUCUUAGAUUUCCAGAGGAUAAAACAACGGGUAAGAUAAAAAGAAAAAAUUGUGAAUCACUUUGAACGACUGGAAUCACAGUCAAUAUUUAGAUUUGGAAAACAUUUGGAUUUGAAUAUACAUAAAGAUAUUAUCAACUAUUAUUAAAAUCCUUCAAUUAUUUUGUCCUUUUUGUCUUGAAAGUGUCGAUAACGAACCUAUCCUUUUGUCUGUAACGAACCUAUCCUUACGGACACCUCUUUAAUAUAGACGUCUCUCUAAAUCGUAUAAUAUGGACACCUCUUUAAUACAGACGUCUCUCUAAAUCCUAUAAUAUGAACACCUCUUUAAUACAGACGUCUCUCUAAAUCCUAUAAUAUGGAUACCUCUUUAAUACAGACGUCUCUCUAAAUCCUAUAAUAUGGACACUUCUUUAAUACAGACGUCUCUCUAAAUCCUAUAAUAUGGACACCUCUUUAAUACAGACGUCUCUCUAAAUCCUAUAAUAUGGACACCUCUUUAAUACAGACGUCUCUCUAAAUCCUAUAAUAUGGACACCUCUUUAAUACAGACGUCUCUCUAAAUCCUAUAAUAUGGACACCUCUUUAAUACAGACGUCUCUCUAAAUCCUGAUAUGGACACAUAACGUACACUUCUCUGACGCGGACAUCUCUAAUAAUGAUCUCUCUCUAAUACGAACACCUCCUUCGAAUGUGUCCGCACGUCUUGGUAUAAGUUUCUGAAUGUUUCUAAUACAGUAUCACUCAAUUCCAAGCAUUCAGUCUCUCCUUACGGACAACGUUUUAAUAGUACAAACACCUCUGAUACGGAUACCUCGCUAAUACGGGUUACUUCUCUAAAACUAAUACUUCUCUGCUACCGAUACAGGCACUUCUCUAAUUUAAUACAGGCACUUCUCUAAUUUAAUACAAACAGUUCACUGCGGUAUGUCCCGACAAAUUUCUGGUAUGUUCUCUUUUAAAAAAUAUCCUCUAUAAUGCAAACCAUCUCGAAUACUGACCACAGACACUGAUCAUCGGCCCCAGGAAAAAAUACAUUUCAACCCGAGCUCUUUAUUACAGACACGCCGUUGUUCAGGUGGUAAUAGUUUGUGUACGUUCUAUAAUAUGCAUUAGUUUGUUUGCAGUUAAUGUACAGAAGUACAGUAUCAAUGCUUUACUCACCUGUAUUUAGAUGUACAGUACCUGUAGCAUUGCGUUAUUUAGAUGUACCUGUAGCAUUGCGUUGUAGUUGUAUACAGUAAGCAGUAUACUGUACAUUAAUUUGUGUACAUGAACUUGUGGUUAAAGCUCGACAACUGGCUCUGUAGUUCAGUUGAUUAGAGUACUCCACCCAAAUCGCAGGUUCGAUUCCUGCCAGCGGGCCAGAUGCCUUCUGGUUAGGUCUAAUAAAUGUAUAAGAUUCACGCUCGAAAUUUCCAUCUACAAAUCCCUUAAGCAAUUAGUUUUAUCGAGUGUAGAUGCCCAAAAACCUGAUAUUUACCCAUACACCUUAUAUUGACAUCACCUUAGUAUUUAUACUUGAGGUUAGAGCUCGACGACUGCCCUCUGUAGCUCAGUUGAUUAGAGCGCUGCACCUCAUUUACUGUAUACAGAAUACAGUACCUUUUUUAGUUACUGAACACUCAACAGCAUCAGGAAAGUCUUAAGCCCUGGGCAAACUAGGAAACGUUGUGGAAACAUUUGUGAUUCUCGAUGUUUCCUCAAAUGUUUCCCUGUUUGCCCACCCGUGGAAACAUUGUUGCGGAAACAAAAUUUGCUUCCCGAGAAGCAAAAAUGUUUCCUAGCGAAUUCAGAAACAUUUGAUGUUUCCCUACAGUAUGUUUCUCACUAAUGUUUCCUAGUGUUUGCCCACUCUUGGAAAUAUGGCGUAACAUUGGUAGGAAACAAUGUUUCCACAACAAUGUUUCCUAGUUUGCCCAGGGCUUUAAAAGUGACAUAAUCGUGAUGACCACCCUGCUUUAAACCUUCAGUGUCCAUAUUAGGGAGGAGCGAGUUUACAAUUAACUCUAACGCCCGUAUUCUAAAAGCUCACUCACACUCAAUGAGUGGAGUUUCAAUCUGAGCUUCUCUUGAGUGUCAAUGCUGUUUUUGAAUAGCUGGAGGGUGAGUGGUCGCAGAGUAAGGUAUGACACUUAUCUUUUUUAGGAACGAGAGGCAGCGGCAAGAAUGUUUAGUGGUAAAAAAGGGGAGAAAUUAGUGAAUGGCGCCAUGAGAAACAAAACGAAUAAGUAAGUUAUAGUCAUGCUUGUGCUUGAAUUAUCCGGAAAUUUAGUGAAGAUAGUGCAUUCACUCGUGAAGUAGCAUGUGAGUCUCAUAUUAAUGUUUACAGUAUGCUUGCUAUAAUGCUAUUGCGUAUAACGACUCUUGGAAUUCACUUCUUCUAUAGCUAGUUAAAUCAAUAUCAAAACUGCAUGAACGUAUAUGUACAGUACGCAUUUGAUUACCAAGUUUUUGAAACGACUGCGGAUCUACAAAAUUACGAUCAAUGUUUGUGGGAAUUUUAUGACCUGUACACCAUUGGCGAUCAAUACGAGGUAAUUGUAACAUACGCUACUGUUGCCAUUUCCAACUUAGUCUAGGACCUGUUUAUGAGUUUGUAUGCAAUUCAUUUAGGACAGAUAAUCUCAACUGUUUUAGGGCAAGUUGACCAUGACGGUCAACAUGGUAACGCUGCCCGAACCCCAAUCCGGGGCGAAACGUCCGAAACUGACCACACCCAAAAACGACGCUUUCGCCAUACUGCUAUCUACCAAACCAUAAAAGCUUUGGCUAUUCUGAGGUGCUUAUAUGGUUCAGAGAUGGUACUUUUGGAGGUGGUCAUUGGUAAGUGUGAAAUGCCUAGCACUAAUAUUUCACAAGAAAAUGACCAUGCAAUAAUCAUAGUUAAACGUCAAUUUGUGGCUUGCAACUUCAGAUAAACAGCGCUGGACUUACUGUACAUUACCUUUUUCCCUAAAUCUUUUUGAUAGAAACAUAAUUGGUACUUAUUUAAAUAUAUUAUCACUGGUUUGGUGUAAAAUAGUUAAUAUUUUCUGACCGAAAUAAUAAUUUGAAAUGUGCCUACCUCCUGCAAAUGGACGUAUUUGGCCAAGUUCUCCACUUUACUCCGCUGUUUAUCGGCGAUCUCGUCGACAUCCUUCCAAAAAUGUAAAUCAUCUCAGACAUAAUGGUAUCAAGAACAUUUUAAACAAGUUUCAACUUGGUUUCAAGUAGAUCAUAGCUGUUUAACCAUCGACAAGGUAAAUCCACAUCUUUGUCCAAAUUCGGCGUCAUUUUGUCAUCCCAUGUCGCUUGUCAACAAUUCGGCCUUGUUACUCUUCCAUUCACGCCAUAUCCAUUGCACAAAUAACAAAUUUAACUCUUUGUCAAGGGUAUUAAAAUAAAAAUACAAAUGAAAUAUGCGAAAUGCAGCAUUUUAUCACCCGGUAAAAUGUUGCUUACGAGUCCUUCAAAACAUUUCGUACAAAUCUCGCGUGGUUUAGCAACAGGGACGUGACAGGGGGGGGUAGAGACUUGAAAAAUGAAAGGAAAGCCCACACAGUAUGGUAAAACCAACAAUCAACAUUUAAUUUGUAUGACUUGUUCAUAUUAAUAAAUAAUAAUAUGUAUAUAUUUGUCGCUACAAGAAAUAAAACAAACGUUUGUAUGAUUGUAUUUAGCUUUUAGUCUAUUUCACGCAGCCUUCUUCUAUCUUCGUGAAAUAAUUCCCCCUCCCCCUGUCACGUCCCUGUUACUUUGUCACGCGAGAUUUGUACGGAAUGGUUUGAAAGACUCGUGAGCAAGAUCUUACAGGGUGAUAAAAUGCUGCAUUUCGCAUAUUUCAUUUGUAUUUUUAUUUUAAUACCCUUACUGAAAGGGUUAAAUUUUAAAAUUGUUAUUUGUGCAAUGGAUAUGGCGUGAAUGGAAGAGUAACAAGGCCGAAUUGUUGACAACCGACAUGGAAUGACAAAAUGGCGCCGAAUUUGGACAAAGUUGUGGAUUUACCUUGUCGAUGGUUAAACAGCUAUGAUCUACUUGCAACCAAGUUGAAACUUGUUUAAAAUGUUCUUGAUACCAUUAUGUCUGAGAUGAUUUACAUUUUUGGAAGGAUGUCGACGAGAUCGCCGAUAAACAGCGGAGUAAAGUGGAGAACUUGGCCAAAUACGUCCAUUUGCAGGAGGUACACUGUAGGCACAUUUCAAAUUAUUAUUUCGGUCAGAAAAUAUUAACUAUUUUACACCAAACCAGUGAUAAUAUAUUUAAAUAAGUACCAAUUAUGUUUCUAUAAAAAAGAUUUAGGGAAAAAGGUAAUGCUGUUUAUUUUUUUUUAUGCUGUAAGGUCCACUGCUGUUUAUCUGAAGUUGCAAGCCACAAAUUGACGUUUAGCUAUGAUUAUUGCAUGGUCAUUUUCUUGUGAAAUAUUAGUGCUAGGCAUUUCACACUUACCACUGACCACCCGCAAAAGUACCAUCUCUGAACCAUAUAAGCACCUCAGAAUAGCCAAAGCUUUUAUGGUUUGGUAGAUAGCAGUAUGGCGAAAGCGUCGUUUUUGGGUGUGGUCAGUUUCGAACUUUUCGCCCCGGAUUGGGGUUCGGGCAGCGUUACCAUGUUGACCGUCAUGGUCAACUUGCCCCAAAACAGUUGAGAUUAUCUGUCCUAAAUGAAAUGCAUACAAACUCAUAUACAGGUCCUAGACUUUGUGAAGCAGUCCCUUUAUGGAGGAGUGUAAGCAUUGGUUCGAUAUAAACUAUACAGUAGUUCGUCUGCUAAUUUUGCCGUGACAAGCAGACGGAUCGUUCGUCCUCAAAAGAACUUGCGUGCGUUGUUCGUUUUGAAGGGUAUUUCAUCUAUGCAGGUGUAUUCGUGUACCCUGGAUUCCAGAGCCUUCGACAGUAAAUAAUAAAUUGAAAUUUCGCGAAGGCUCUGGUUCAACGGGGCGAUUCUUUGAUUAAACCGCGCCAAUCACAAAACAGAAUUAGUGGUUUUAGUACAGAAUCUGUACUAAAACCACUAAUUCUGUUUUGUGAUUGGCGCGGUUUAGUCAAAGAAUCGCCCCGUUGAACCAGAGCCUUCGCGACAUUUCAAUUUAUUAUUUACUGUCGAAGGCUCUGGAAUCCAGGGUAGUAUUCGUGCGGCGUCAGACGAAUUACUGAUAAGAUUACAGUAUCAGCAAAAAUCGAUGCUUUACCCGUAAACCGAUGCUUGACUUAUAGUAGUAGAAUUUUUGCGAGAAAACCAACAUUUCAUAUUUUUGUUUCAGGACGACAGUGUAAAAACAAUUAGUUAAAAUUUUGUUGGUUGUCUCAGAUUCCUUAGAUUUUUCGCCUUGUGUUUAUACUAAGAUAGAUUGAUGGUCCGUCCGACCAAUGAUGCGUUUUGUAUAAUGACCUACUAGUUUACAAUGGAUCAUUAUUUAGAUCAUUAUUUAGGCCUCCUAUUAAACGGGAUGUUAUAAUUUUUUGUUUCAGAUUUGUUCCAGGUGCGCCUCUUGCUAAACCUCCUGCUCCUCCACCACCAGCGAAGAAAAAUCCCCAACGAAACAACAUUGCGGCAAUCAAGGUUAGUGAACUGUUUUGCUGUUGAAAAGUUAGUUGUAAAUAUCGACUAUUCCAAUUGUUUCAUGAAACCUUUGAGCAAUGCUGGCUCUAUACUAAAUUCAGUAGCUAUUUUUUUCCUCUGUGGGCCUCUGUCUAUCUGUGUAAACCCAGCAUCGACCUCACCAGAGCCAGUUUCACACUGCACUGUAUAACCGUUGAAAUUGGGCUCUGGAUUAGAUGACCAAAGCGAGAUCGAUUGGCUUCUCUGAGAACCGCUAAUAACUGGAAUUUGAGCAGUUUUUCGCUUUUCAAAAACCUAUCUUAAAAUGUCAAACAAAUAUUUAAUUUCUACUGCAAGUUUUAUUGCACUUCGCUUUCCGUAUGUCUCACCGCUUGUGAAAGUCGCGUGCAGCCGAAAGGCCCGGCGGACGAAGAUGAACACCGGUCCUCACUGUCUCCAAGCCAAUCACCCCCUGCUCAUCCCACCCACCUCACCAGAUCAAGCUGGACCCUGAGUCGGCUGAGUGUAACUGCUAUGACCAUCUUUGCUUUCGUUCUUUUGCUUUGUAGGCUGCUAUCGCUAAUGCUAAAUCGCUGGAAGAAGUGCAAAAACUGGAAAUGAUGUUGAAAACUGGUCACGUCCCCGACAUUCAACAGCCCAUGGCGGUAGACAGAAGAUGAACUAGAAUGUCGAUACAUUGUCAAAGCACUUGCAACAAAAUACGCUUGGAACAGAUUUGGAUAACAUACGUCUGGAGUGGUUCCAUAACCAAACGUGAAAUUCACUAUAUACUGUAUACAUUGUGAAAAGCACAAGACUUUUUCAUGAGAAACAGUGUACGGAGUCGGCGUACUCCUACGUAUUGCAAUACCUAUAAUUUCUCAUGGAAAGACCUCCUCAGCUUCAUGUGCAAUUGCCCAUUUAGGAUCAUAUGAUAUUUUUACAUUUUAUCACUCUUUGUCUUUAUACAUCUUUUCAUAUACGAUAUCGAAUAUAAAAUGCAUAACGAAGAGUGAUAAAAGAUGGAAACAUUGCAUCAUCGGAUAUUUGUAUGCGAAGCCGAGGUGGUGUAUUACACUGAUCUGAAAAUAGAACUGGAUAAUGCAUCUGCUGAUGCAUAAAUGAAGCCAAUGCCGGCCGUAUUGGUGUGGCAACCACAAAUCUACCGUGGUGUUGCUGACAUGUUAGACGAGGUUUCUACACUUUCUUGUUGGGUAUGUAUUGUCCAGUGAGCUCUAUAUAUAUCCGGAGUGAGAACUCUGAUGAAAAAAGUGAAGUCAAGAUGGUGGAAAUUGACAUCCAGUGCCAGUCCUUAGGGACCGGUCAUUAUUUAUGGCCGGGGGGGGGGGGAGAGAAACAUUUUCUUGGCCAAAUUUUUUAGUUACCCAACUUUCAAAAAAAAUUUUCUCCACCCAACCCCAGCACUCAUUCAAAAUCUUAGACCCACCCUUAAUUUUGUCAGUUCACUUAUUUAAAAGCUAAAUUGACUUAUUUGAGUUUUGAGAGAACAAAAAGUCAGCACGUAUGAACUCUGACACUUUAUCAUGACUGUUAUGGCAGGUUCAAAUGGAAUGCUUUGCAAAUCGAUAUAUAAAGUGAAUGAUAUUUAUUCGAUCUUAAUAAAACAAAUAAUACAAAUAUUUUAGUAUUUUCCCGACUUAAUGAUUUUUGCUUUACCCACCCCUUGGCUUGGUGAAUUUUUAUUCAAUCCACCCAUUUCCACCCAUAAAAUUUUGUUUACCCACCCAUUUUCUCUUCGCCCCCUCCCCCCUGGCUAUAAAUAAUGACCAGGCAAUUAUAUAGUGUUUAAAACGUUAUGGGAAGGUGUUUUUUUAAUUUGCAUCAGCUAAAGGCUGGUGUACACUGUCAAAGUUUCUGUAAUCACAGUAAGAAUUUUGGAUUUGUAAAUUCUGAGUUUUGAAAGAUUUGUAAGAAAUGUUUGAGAGAACUGACGCAGUGUUUAUCAUUGAGUCGUUUCCCUCAAACAUUUCUUACAAAUCCUUCAAAACAUAGAAUUUACCUAUGCAAGAUUCUUACUGUGAUCACAGAAACGUUGAUAGAACAUUUAAUUUCUAGUAAACUAUGCAAGCACCUAGCAGUUCGAUUCGUAAGGAAUGGGCAAAUUUAUAAAUAUCUUCUCAUUAUAAAUAUUUGUAGCCUCAACUUGGCUCAUUGCAUUCAAACUGAGGAUAUUCUAUCCAGUUCUAUACUCUUCAGAUCAGUGAUGUAUUGAUAUUUUCACAAAUGUACUCGCCAUUUUGAGUCGUGGUUUAUUGUAGACAACCCACACUUCGAUGUGAAAGCUUUUCUUCUCUUGUAAAUAAUACAAUACGACGAAUUUAUUUUGAUAUUUUCUGGAACACAAUGUCUUAAGGUGUUCUUCGUCAUCUCUACAUCGGGUACCAUUGAUAAUGUUCAUCGUGCCCCGAAAUAGUCCGGGAGAUGCUAGGGAAAAACUCACCUGCGCGAUCAUGGGGUAAUUCUAUUUUGCAUUGAUCUUGGCGCUCCAAUUUCUUGUGGGCUCCUGCCAACACGUUUUUCUUCGAUUUUCAUAUUAAAGGUAUUGUUAUAAACGUGAAAUUUCAGGUUUAUUUAUAUAAAAACUUUCAUAAAGCAUCUUUAGAAAGCGCGCAAAAAAACUACAUAUGAGAUAUUUUUACGGUUGCCUUGUUUUUUUUUCAAGCGGUGUUCGAGUUCUUGCUGUUCCAAAGUGUGAAAAAUAGGUCGCAAAAAUCCAGGGCACUAGUCUGAAAACACGAUGUCAAAAGCUCAUAACCAAGAA